AUGCCUCAUCGCACCAUCCACCUUUUCCGCAAGGGCCUGCGGCUCCACGACAACCCCACGCUGCUGGCCGCGCUGGCCUCCUCCGAGGCCCUCUACCCCGUCUACGUCCUGGACCGGCGCUUCAUGGCCUCCGCGAUGGCCAUCGGGGCCCUGCGCUGGCAUUUCCUGCUGCAGGCCCUGGAGAACCUGCGGGCGAACCUGCUGCAGCUCGGCUCCUGCUUGCUCGUCCUUCAGGGCGACUACGAGGCCGUCCUCCGGGACCACGUCAAGAAGUGGCGCAUCACGCAGGUGACGCUGGACGCCGAGGUGGAGCCCUUCUACAAGGAGAUGGAGGCCCGCAUACGGCGCCUGGGGCAGGAGCUGGGCUUCACGGUGCUCUCCYUGGUCAGCCACAGCCUUUACGACACCCAGCGGAUUUUGGAGCUGAACGGCGGCGCGGCCCCGUUAACGUACAAGCGGUUUCUUCACGUGCUCUCUCUGCUGGGGGACCCCGAGGCGCCCGUGCGCAGCCCUGCAGCUGAAGACUUCCAGAGGUGCCGGCCCCCUGACCUGUGCCUGGCCGAGUGUUACGGGGUGCCUCUCCCUGUGGAUUUGAAGAUCCCCACGGAGAGCCUCUCCCCCUGGAAAGGAGGGGAGACCGAAGGGCUGCAGCGCCUGGAGCAGCACUUGAUGAACCAGGGCUGGGUGGCCAAUUUUACUAAGCCACGAACGAUUCCAAACUCACUGCUUCCAAGCACCACCGGCCUGAGCCCGUACUUCAGUUUGGGCUGCCUGUCAGUCCGCACCUUUUUUUACAGGUUGUCAAACAUUUACGCUCAGUCCAAAAAUCACUCUCUGCCGCCGGUGUCACUCCAAGGACAGCUUCUGUGGAGGGAGUUCUUCUACACGGUGGCAUCAGCAACGCCAAACUUCACCAAGAUGGUUGGGAACCCCAUUUGCCUUCAGAUCAACUGGUACCAGGAUGCGGAGAGGCUCCACAGGUGGAAAACGGCUCAGACGGGGUUUCCCUGGAUYGAUGCCAUCAUGACGCAGCUGCGCCAGGAAGGCUGGAUUCACCACCUCGCUCGGCACGCUGCUGCCUGCUUCCUCACCCGGGGGGACCUCUGGAUCAGCUGGGAAGAGGGCAUGAAGGUGUUCGAAGAGCUGCUUUUAGAUGCUGACUACAGCAUCAACGCGGGCAACUGGAUGUGGCUGUCGGCCAGCGCCUUCUUCCACCAGUACACGCGCAUCUUCUGUCCCGUGCGCUUUGGGAAGCGCACGGAUCCGCAGGGCCGCUACAUCCGGAAGUACCUGCCUGUACUAAAGAACUUCCCUUCCAAAUACAUCUACGAGCCCUGGACAGCCUCUGAAGAGGAGCAGAAGGAAGCAGGAUGUAUCAUAGGUCAAGAUUACCCCUUCCCAAUGGUGAACCACAAGGAAGUGAGCGAGCACAACCUGCUGCUGAUGAAACAGGUCAGAGAGGAGCAGUGCAGAACAGCCCAGCUCACGCGAGAUGAUGCAGAUGAUCCAAUGGAGAUGAAGAUGAAGCGUAACCACUCUGAAGAAAACGUAAAGAAGGGAAAAGUGGCCAGAACCACAGAAGAAACUUAGAUCCUGCCGGGGGAUUAUACUCUGGGAACAAAAGAAUGGCAACUGGGGAGAGCCAGAGACCAGUUCAGGGAACUUAGGGAGUUCCUGAAUGUUUUUGUUAGUGCAGUUAUUCUGACUGAAAUUGUUUCUCUCUGCACGGCAUUCGUGUAGGUUAGAUAAAUUCAAGAGGCAACUGGUGUUGCUAGGACAUGUUGCUGUAGCAUCAUACAGAAUUCAGGUGGUGCUCCUGCAGCUGUCUAAGUAGUUUUAAUGAUAAAUACCAGUCUUUCUGACGUGCUAGAUAGAUGCCAGUUCAAGAAUAUAUGCUCGUUACUGUUCUCACGCAUUAGUGGUAAAAGUAGAAUUUCCCCUGUCUUGCAUAGACGAGAGAUUUAGGGAUUUUCAGAUGUGGUUCUGUAAUUUCACUUAGUUUGGGCACAUAGUCCCCAGUUUGGUGAGAUACACAAGAGCACAGCCUGUUUUAAGGUUCUGUGUAGCUCCCAUGACUUAAAUAGGAUUCCUCGUGUACUCUAAGGGCAGUGUUGCAUAGUGUCUGGCUUUGUUAGGUCUGACGUGCAACUGUCCUUCUGGCUUGAACCAUAGCAUAGUUAUCAUUUUGAUCAUGUAAGUGCAAACAUCUACUAUUCCAUUGAAAUGUCUCAUUGUGAAGUUUCCUCAAGAGUGGAUUAGUU